AUGGCGAACUAUAUCCAAGUUGUGGCGACGCCAACCGCCGAUACGGGCGCCUCCCUGUUGCUUCACUUCGACCACCGUCGCUACUUGUUUGGCAAUCUUUCCGAAGGAACUCAGCGGGCCUUGAACCAGCGCAAGCUUGCCGUCGCGAAGCUUGAGACCAUGUUCAUUUCUGGCGAGACCAAGUGGGAAAACACGGGCGGGAUGAUUGGCAUGAUGCUGACCAUUGCCGACGUCAUGGAUGGCAGCCGGAGAGAGAUAAUAGCCCGGAACGAAACAAACAAGAAAGCCGGAAAGAAGCAGCUGGCCUUCAAGGGCCCCGACCGCCUCGAGAUCCACGGUGCCCGAAAUCUGAACUAUUCCAUUGCGACAGCGCGCACUUUCGUCUUCAGAAAGGGGCUUCCCAUCCGUGCCGUCGAGGUCCAUGAAGACCCGAGAUUGACCAAUCCCGAAGCCUCCACGCCUGACUGGGAAGAUGACGCGAUCCAGGUCUGGAAAGUUCCCAUCUCCGCCGCCGACAACGCCUCGUGUGCCUUCAGCGAGCCACGUAAGAGAAGCCACGAGGUAAUGACAGCAGAGGACGAGGCCUUGCAGACCCGCUCUCGUACGGAUUCAGCAUCAGACGAGCAGGCCAAGGCAAAGGAGCACGGCGUACUAGACGUGGUCCCCCAAUACAUGGCUCGUGACGACCAGGAGGAGACCAAAAGGCGCGAGGCGCUAGAGGCGAUCGUGGGAGACAUGUUUAGCUCGGACUGGUCCAUGGACAAGUUGUACGAGACAAGGCUCUCCCAGGUUCAGCUUCCUGCUACCAUAUUUGUCAAGGAAGAUGGCCAGCUCAAAAAGUACAAUGGCCCAUUGCCCGGCGAGAAGGGCGAGGUACCCGACAUUAAAGUUCUUGUGCGGUAUCCCUGGCCAGCGGUGAAAGUCCAUUCGCUUCCACCAGUCACACGUUCUAACUCGGCUACAUGCUACGUCGUUAAGAACAGAGGCCGCAGAGGCAAGUUCAACCCGGACGUUGCCAAGGAGUUGGGAGUCGAACCCCACAACUUCAAGCACCUUGCGGCCGGCCGGACUGUCGUGGGUAAAACUGGCAAAGAGGUGAUACCGGACAUGGUGCUUGGGAAGCCGGCAAAACCCGUCGGCUUUGCUGUAAUUGACAUUGCGAACACGUCCUUCAUCGAAUCGUUCCUUGGCAGAUCCGAGUGGCAGAACGAAAGCCUGAUGGCGAACGUGCCCAUCUUCUACUGGAUUCUUGGCCAGUCGGUAAUUGACGACCCACGCAUCCAAACGUUCAUCAAGAAGCGACCCCUUGUCAAGCAUGUCAUCAUGGCCCCGGACGCCAGCCCGAACAUGGUGUCCAUGGAAUCCUACGCUCUCCUACACGCCAAGCUACGGCGCAUCGACCCUGACCGGUUUCCCCCGCUCAAUUACGACAACACGGUCCGGGACCUUUCGCACCUUGGCCCCAACGUCGAGGCUGCGCGUGUCGGUAUGAAGGCCACUUUAGGGGGCGGAUUUGAGGCAAAGAACGAUGAGAUUGUGCCGUUUCCUACAUUCAACGAGGUUGAUAACAUGGACGGCAAGACGCUGAAGCUAUCUCGAGCUGCCGCGACCAAGAUCAGCGAGCCUGGUUUCCUCGAGGAGGUUGAAAGGGCGGAGCAGGAUAUCCCGAACCGCGACACCGAGAUCAUCCCGCUUGGAACCGGAUCUGCCCUGCCCUCCAAGUACCGUAACGUCUCCUCGACCAUCAUCCGCGUGCCGCAGUACGGCACUUACGUUCUCGACUGCGGUGAAAACACCCUCGGCCAGCUCCGCCGCGCCUACCCCGCCGAAGAGGUCACCAAGAUUCUCCAGGAAACCCGAUGCGUCUUCAUCAGUCACAUGCACGCGGACCACCAGCUCGGAACCGCCCGGUUCAUCCGUGCCUGGGCCGAUGCGACCGCCCGCCUCGACCCGCCUCCCACGCUUACGAUCGCCGGGACUUACGCUAUGCGCCCCUUCCUGGCUGAAUACAACCGCAUCGAACCGCUUGAUCGCGAGCGCCUGAGGUUCCUCACCAGAGGAGACCACUUAUUUCCCCAUGGUGAUGGUUGCCUGCCGCCCGACUGUCCCACCCGACUCGCCUCCCUUCAGCUGGUCCGGGUUGCGCACUGCCAACACUCAUACGCCGGCGUCUUGACCUGGCCCUCGGGCCUUAAGAUCGCCUACUCCGGCGACUGCCGGCCGAGCGACGACUUCGUCGAGGCCGCCAAGGGCGCCACGCUGCUCAUCCACGAGAGCACCUUUGACGACGACAAGAUGGGAGAUGCGGUGGCCAAGAAGCACUCCACCAUGUCCGAGGCGCUGGACGUCGGCUACCGCAUGGGCGCGCGCCGUGUGUUGCUGACGCACUUCUCGCAGCGCUACGCCAAGCUGCCGCUGAUGGAGAGGCGGACGACGCCGACGGGCGCCGACCAGGCCGUCCUUGUGGCAUUUGAUCAGAUGCGCGUCAAGCUUGGCGAGUUCCGCCAGGCCCAGGCGUUCUUGCCUGCCAUCCGACGCUUCUUUGACACGGACGUUUCGAAGGGGGAGGAAGACUAA